CGUCCGGUUUCUCCUUCCCCUGUGCGUGGUGGCAUGGGCAAAUGAGACCUGUGCGCGCUAGUGAGAAAUGUGCCGGUGCUUUUCAUCCGCAACGAAAUGUUACCAAAAGGUCCCUGCCACAUAUAUAUAUAUAUAUAUAUACCCUGUUUGCAAACCCUUUCCUUCCGCGCUCCCCGGCCACCCGUCGUCUAGUUUGAGUAGCUUGAGUUUUUCCAGGCAGUUUUCUGUCGAGGUUUUUUCUUGGGUCAGAAGACAUUGGUCACAGUCUCCGCGCCUUUGAAAUUUGUGUCCGGGGUUGUCCUCCUUUUGUCAUCUCCUUGUCCUCCACUUGUUCUGCUGGCCGUGCUCGCAAACCUUGUGACCUCUUCUUGUUCUGCUGUCUUCCUGCUGUCCUGUGCCCCUCCUCUUGUCCUCCUGCCUCCUGCUGUCCUCUGCCUGUGUCCUCCUCUUGUCUUUUGUUGUCCUAUGGCCGUGCCUGUAUCCUUCUUGUUUUGUCCUGGUGUCUUCCUGCUGUUGUCCUCCUGGCGCUCGCGAAUCCUGUGUCCUCCAUUGGACUCCUAGCUGUCCUCUGGCCGCGCUGGCGAUAUGUGUGUCCUUGUUUUGUUCUCUUGGCAUCCUUCUAGUGUUGUCUGGCAAACAGUUUAGUCCCUCGUCCGGUCCUUGUCCGGGCCUCGUCCAGGCCUUGUCUGGGUCUCGCCGCAGGCCCUGUUGGACGUAGGUCUGUGUGUCCUGCUUAGCCGCGCCAUGGGGCGGGUGCCGUGCCCUUUUUUUGCGCUUUGUGCAGGCCUUGUCCGGGUCUGUCCCCACCACCUUGAGACCCCUACAAAACCUUUGGGUCAACAAGUGUCCUGAACCACGCGACACCAAGCGUAAUUGACAUCACCCAUCUUGCAACUCACUAUCGACACGCUGCAUUUACACACACACACACAUUAUUCCUCUUCACAAUGGCACGAAGCCACGCAAGGGCACUUUCCACUGAGGCGUCGCCAAGGCGCAAUCUCGCUGCAGCGUGUGUCACAUGCUCCAUGUAACAAAGCAACACCACACGCUCCCAGAAGCGACCCGCCAAAAUGCAUUUGUACUACAAAGUUGCCAGAGCUUCUUCCUGGACUACGCUCGCGCUACUACUUUGCCUGUUCUGAGCUUUUAGCUUAAGAAGCUACUCCCCAUACAUUACAUUUGUGUUGCAAAGUUGCCAAUUCCGAGCUCGGAGCUUUUAGAAGCUACUACAUGCUACUACUACAAAGUUGCUAGUUCUCUGCCCGGACUCACUACAAAGUUGCCAGUAGUUCUGAGCAUUUCGUUUGAGGCUUCCUCAACAUUUGCUACUUGACAGGUUUGUACGAGGCUUUCAAUUUUGACACUUCGUGUGUCAAACGCAAUCACCCACACUUGCAUCCCGCCUAAGAGGAGGCCUUGUCUUUCAAUCGAAGAACAUGGUUAAUAGAGUUACCUUUAUUCAGUCAAACAAAUACGUGGUAGGUCCAAGCAGCUGAUGCAGUUUUCUUUCGUGACUCCAACGUCCGUCUCUUCUCAGGUCCUACUGCUGGCUGCUGCUUGUGGUUUCUGGGUCUGGCUUCAUGACACAAAUGCUUCAGAGAGGGAGAAGGCUACUGCAAAGCCAGUGUUUAGCGCUGAAAAUGCAGCCGAAUUGAAGGCGUUGAAGGCCCUCCAAGAAGACAUGCUGGCUGCUCUUGGUGAGAUGAAGGUUCAGCAGAUGAAGCGGGAUCAAGAAGACAUUGCACAGCAGUGUGCCGAAGAAAGGGAGAAGCAGAUCGCGCUGUUGUACAAGGAGUUGGAAGGAUCUUCUGGCGUCCUUGUACACAGAUUCCCGGCAGCUGCUAUUGAAACUGGGGAGGGGACAUGGUCAAGUCCAAUUUUUUCAGCGUGCAACCGCCUGUGGAGUAUUCGCCUUGGAAAACAUAGUACUAUUGCAAAGUCCUUGUACUUUUGUAUACUGCCCCACGGCCACAAAGACAGACUCAGGUGUUGGUUUCUAUUUGCACGGCCACCAGGCAAGGGUUACAAGGAGUGGCCGGUCCACGACUGGCCGCCAGAGUUGGCUGGCCACCCAUGGGGGCCAAGUGUGCCUCUAGAAGAAAUUGAAGACUACAAGCAGGCCGUGGAGAGGGGAUGGAAGCAAAACACGCUGACAGCGGAUGGCUCCAUCCUACUGCUCGUGCAUGCAACAACAUUGCAGGCUGUGGCAACUGAGAUCCACUUCAAGAGUUGGUCCAAAGAGUUGAAGAGCUUCAUGCACGGGAAGAAAACAGAGGAUUACCUGAUUCGUGACAGGCAUGGACAUAACAUCCAAUGGCAUGACUCCACCAUUGAGCCACCUGCUUCUGACCAAUUCCCUUUGGUGAUCUUGCACCGCCAGGAGUGAGCUGGCGGGGCAGAUGUGAUAACAAGUGAGUGGAGGGCAACGGUGAGUUCGUUUUAAGCAACAAUCCUUUGACCAGCCACGGUUCUUCUUCUCAGGUAUUUUGAAGAACUGUUGUUUGGGAUGAUGUCAAGCCGUUUGGGUCUAAAGAGGCCCAUGGAGGUUUGCCUUCUUCCUUUGAGAAGCACAGGGCAGAGUCAAUGGUCACCCUCCACGAA